AACAAAGAAACAUGCCAUAGGGAUAGGCUCUGGCGGUGGCCGGGCGACCGGGAGACGCUGACCGAUCCUCAACCUCUGAAUUGGCUAUGGAUGGAGUCCUUCUCCAAUCUGCUAUGGAAGUCUGCAGGGGCUACGCCUGCUAUCCGGUUGAGCCGGGAGGAAUCAGGAUCUGAUACGAGAUUGAACUCUGCCCUUGGGUUCUUCGUGUUCUUUCUGAGAACUAUAUGCAACUCUUGGAAAGAUAUACAUGGGCCUGAAGGAUUUAGCCCUUCUUUUGAAGUCCGAAUCAAACUUGAUGUACCUCAGAUUGGUAACCUAAGGUUGUUUUGGAGUUAUGAUUGGUGGAGAUCGGAUUGGUCUGAUAUCGUGCGGGUAAGGGACUUGUUGCUGAAACUCUUUUUAAGGGACGGAUCGGUGGUGCGGCAAACGCAGGUUGCAAUCUCCCAGAAGCCAAGUUCUCUAGAUCGAUUCUCUGUUCGUCCUCAAGGUUUCGGUUCUACUUCAAUGGUGUCCGCAGGCGGUGGGGGUGACAAAGGGAUCAUCAAGGCGAUGAUUACCCACCCGAAGCCGUCUGAGGAGGCUCUGAUUGUGCCGACGAACAAAUCCUUAGUUCUGCAGGAUUCGAUGGUGAGAACAGAUUUGCCACCCGGAGCAAAAGUGGAUCCCAAAGUGAAGACUAUUGUGCAGAGAUUGUUGUCAACGUUAGAGCAUGAAGGGGCUAGAUCCCAAUCCUAGCCACAGGGACUAGAGGCCUUUACAUAAGGGGAAAUUGAAGGGGAAGAAGAUAAGGUGGUUGAAGUGAAUAUUGAGGAAGAGGAGUUGAAGCAGGCAGGGCAGUGAACAAUGUUGGCUCGUUUCUACUCUCUUAAAGUGCCGAAACAGAGUGCUCUCUUUGAUGACAUGGGUCGAGCGUGGAGGCUGCGGUCUGAUAUGAGCUAUAAGUCCCUACGUGAUAACCUGUUUAUCAUUACAUUCAGCACGGAAGGGGAUUAUAACUUUGUUCUCCAAGGGGGGGGGGUCCCUGGCUACACAAAGGAGAUGCUUUAUUGGUAGCUGCUUUUCCUGACAUGCCCCUCAAAAGUUCCAUUGGAAGUGGUUCCUAUAUGGAUCAGAAUAUACGAUCUUCCGUUAGCCCUGAUGAUAAAAGCUAGAGGUCAGUUGUAUGGCAGUCGGUUUGGUCAUGUGAGGAAGGUUGAUGUGGAAGAGGAUGGUCGCAAUAGGCAUGAUUUCUUCCGUAUUCGUGUGGACUUGCCAGUGAAGAAGCCUUUGAAAUCCAAGCUAGCAAUAAAAAUCAAUGCCCAGGGCACUGAAGUAGUCAUACGGUUCGAUGUUCGUUACAAGUGGAUUCCAUACUUUUGCUUCUGCUGUGGUUUUAUUGGACACUCGGAUAAGGAUUGUGAGAAAAAGGUUGCUAACAGUGAUGCCCCCUACCAGUUCUCUGAAGAAUUGCGGUGCUCCUUGCUGAAGGCAUAUGAGAGGAAGGUUAGCAAAGUCAAAGCAACGCAUUCUACCAUUGUACCUCGUAAGCUAGUUUUUCGGGGUGCAGGGAGUGCAAACUCCUCUUCGUCCAGGAAUGCUCAGGAGGAGAAGUGGGAUGAGGCUAUCCCACCAAGGGUGGAUGCACACGAUGGGUUUGAUACCAGGGAGGAAGCGGGGGAUGAACGGGUUGAUGAUCAGUUGGCUAGCCAGGCAAAUAAGCUUUCUGUUUCUGGCAAAUCUCAGGGAUAGCCUGUACAGGUGAAGGAUCCAAAGGAUAUCACGGUUUCUGCUAGUAGUCUGAAAGGAGAUAUGAUUCCUGCAAUUGCGAAUCUACAUCAACCUGCAUCCUUUUGGGAGACGUGGGCAGAAGAUACAACCAGUAUACUCAAGAGAAGAACUCCAGACCUAGUAGCAAUCAAGGAAACAGGAAGAGUUAAGCAGGCUCUUCUUCAAUUUGGGCAGGAGGAUACAGCCUCUAGGAAGGAUCAAGCUGAACCCAGCCUUCAAGGGAGGCAGCUUAAGCGUUUCAAGCAGGUUGAUACAGAUAAGCAGGAUUUGGAGGAUAUGGAAGCAACCAGCCCCGGGGUUGUUGGUAAAUUGGUGGGUCCUACGAUGGGAUCCCGCCAGGAGCAAUGAGUUGCUUAAGUUGGAACUGUCGUGGUAUCGGGAACGCCACGACAGUUCGAGAUCUGUGUGCCUUGGCUCGCGAGGCAGGAUCUAAGCUUGUGUUCCUUUGUGAGACCAGACAGAAAGUUGAUAAGAUGCGUCGUAUUCGUAAUAAGAUAGGUUUAAGGGGGUUUUGCUGGAGUUGAUUGUGAGGGUUUAAGUGGUGGUUUGGCUCUGUUUUGGGAUGAAUCGUUUCAUGUGGAAAUAAAAGAUAUGAAUGAAAGAUAU